AUGGAGCUGCUGCCGCUGCUGACGGUGCUGCUGCUGGCGCACGCGGCGGCGUACCUGGCGUGGCAGGCCGUGGCGCGGCGGCGGCGGGCGCGCUGCUACCUGCUCGACUUCGCCUGCCACAAGCCCUCCGACGACCGCAAGGUGACCACCGAGAUGGCGGGCGCCGUCAUCGAGCGCAACAAGCGCCUCGGCAUGCCCGACUACCGCUUCCUGCUCAAGGUCAUCGUCAACUCCGGCAUCGGCGAGCACACCUACUGCCCGCGCAACGUGCUCGACGGCCGCGAGGAGUGCGCCACCCACUACGACGCGCUCGAGGAGAUGGACGCCUUCUUCGACGACGCCGUGCGCGGCGUGUUUGCGAAGACGGGCGUGUCGCCGCGGGACGUGGAUUUGGUCGUGCUCAAUGUCGGGUCCUUCUCGCCGGCGCCGUCGCUGGCGGCGCGGGUCGUGGCCCGGUUCGGGAUGCGGGAGGACGUGCAGGCCUACAACCUGUCCGGCAUGGGGUGCAGCGCGGGGCUCGUGUCCGUGGAUCUCGCGCGGCAGGUCAUGCUCACCCGCCCGCGCACCAUGGCGCUGGUGGUCACCUCCGAGUCCUGCGCCCCCAACUGGUACAACGGCACCGACAAGUCCAUGAUGCUCGGCAACUGCCUCUUCCGCUGCGGCGGCGCCGCCGCGCUGCUCACCAACGACCCGGCCUACCGGUCCCGGGCCAAGAUGGAGCUGCGCUGCCUCGUGCGCGCGCACAUCGGCGCGCACGACGACGCGCACGCCGCCGCCGUGCACUGCGAGGACGCCGACGGCCGCCUCGGCGUCAGCCUCAGCAAGGCGCUCCCCAAGGCCGCCGUGCGCGCCUUCAGCGAGAACCUCCAGCGCCUCGCGCCGCGCAUCCUGCCGGCCGCCGAGCUCGCGCGCUUCACCGUGCGCCUCCUGGCGCGCAAGCUCAUGCGCCGGAAGCUCAAGUUCGAGGGCCCCAAGAUCAACUUCAAGACCGGGGUGGACCACUUCUGCCUCCACCCCGGCGGGACGGCCGUCAUCGAGGCGGUGAGGAAGAACCUGGGCCUCAACAGCUACGACGUCGAGCCGGCGACCAUGACGCUGCACAGGUGGGGGAACACGUCGGCGAGCAGCCUGUGGUACGUGCUCUCCUACAUGGAGGCGAAGCGGCGGCUCAAAGCAGGGGACAGGGUGCUCAUGGUCACCUUCGGCUCCGGGUUCAAGUGCAACAGCUGCUACUGGGAGGUGAGCAAGGACCUCGACGACGCCGGCGCCUGGGAGGACUGCAUCGACGACUACCCGCCGGAGACCAUGGUCAACCCCUACACGGAGAAGUUCGGAUGGGUCAACGACCUGCAGGGCCAGGGAGGCGCCUUCCCAUUCUAA